UCUCCAUAGAAAUUCAGCUGUAGCAUCAGUCUCAAGGUAGACAGCAUUAUCCAGGAUCCAUUCUCCAGGAUCCCUCUCUCCCUCUUUCUCUCACUGAAGAGAACAUAAUCCAGAGCCGUCAUGUCUUCCAGUUUCUCUUUGCGGAGCUUCUCUGUGGGCCGCCAACCCUCCUUCUCUAGUCUAUCUCUGAGAGACAGUGGCCGUGCCCACUCCAGAACCGCUGUGUCCUUUGCCUCCGCCAGCCCCCUGACCCGCUCUGCAUCCGUCAGCCGCGACAUGAGCGGCCAGCCCGUCACCUUGAACCUCAAUGGGCAGCUGGGUAACCAUACCAACGAGAAAGAGGCAAUGCAAGGCCUCAACAACCGCUUGGCCACUUACCUGGACAAGGUGCGCUCACUGGAGAAGUCCAAUUCAGAUCUGGAGCUGCGGAUCAAGCAGAUAAUGAUUGAGCGCAUCCCUGAAGGUCACGACUUCAAAACCAUGAUGGCCCAGGCCCACCAGGUGGAACAGGAGGUGAGGAGGAAGACACUGGAGAACGCUCGCCUCAUGCUGGAGAUUGACAAUGCUAAACUUGCAGCUGACGACUUCCGGAUUAAGUGGGAGACAGAGAUGUGCAUGUCCCAGUCUGUGGAGAGGGACUGCUUGGCCCUGAAGAAGGCCAAGGUGGACCAUGAGCAGAUCAUCAUGUCCCACAGAGGAGACCUGGACAGCCUGAAGGAAGAUCUCUACUUUCUGAAGAAGAACCAUGAGGAGGAGGUGGAGUCUAUGAAGGGCCACGUCGCUGCUCAGACUGUUAACGUGGAGGUGGACUCGGGCCGUGGAGGACCUGACCUGGGGACAGUUAUGUCAGAGCUCAGGACUCGGUACGAGGGCAUCGUCAAGAAAAACAAGGACCAGGCUGAGCUGUGGUACCUCAAGAAGCUGGACACGGUGCAGAACGAGGUGAAGGAGUCUAACGAGGCUCUCAGGGGAGCUCAGAGUGAGCUGGUAGAGAGACGACGCUUCCUACAGACCCUGGAGGUAGAGCUGGAGAGUCUGUACAAACAGGUGGCAGCUCUGGAGGGUAACCUCAGCGAGACAGGUCAGAAGUACAGCCUGGAGAUGGAGCGCCUGCAGGCCACGCUGUCCCAGCUGGAGGAGAACCUGUCUCAGCUGCGUCUGGACAUGCAGCGCAACAAGACAGACUACGAACAGCUGCUCCGCAUCAAGCAGAACCUGGAGAUGGAGAUUGCAACCUACAGAAGACUACUGGAGGGAGAGGAGACGAUUAAAGAAGUUCCCCCACCAAAAAAAAAGAGCCAGAGGUGUGGACCAGGAAGAUAGUGAAGGUGGUAACACAGACCAUGAUCAACGGCAAGGUGGUGGAUGAAUCCAGCGAGGUGGAGCAGAUAGAGGAUGAAGUGAAGAAGAAGUGAGAUGGGCAUAAUCGUCUUCAUCCUCCUCAUCACUCCUAACACCUGACACGCCUCCGCCAGACACAAGGGGCCAGCCAACCCAUUGGCUCCCACUAACACGGACGUCUGUUUAAUUCCCAUCAGAGUCUUAGUCUUCUCUGUUUCUCUCUGGAGUAUCCUGCAUGACCUCCUUCACAUGUCUGGAGAUAAUGAGAUGUACUGUAGGUGAAUGGGAUGUCUGCUACGGCAUCCAUUUUAGGAAGUCCCUCAGAUGUCAAAUGAAGCUCUCUCAGUUGUGUCCCCUCCUCUGUCAUGGUUGUUGUUGAAUAAAAGGUUUUGCUUUGAAACUAUGUAUUUCUCCAUUUAGGGAACAAAAUAUCCAUACGGUAGAUGUCUUUUAUUUGAAUUUCCUCUGUUUUGUUUUCCGACCUGCGUCUGUUUGUGUUCUAUAAACUUCUGUAAGGACUGAAAUAAAGGUUAGUCAUCAUUU